UUUCCGCCGGUUACCGGCUGGGCUCGUUCUUCCUCCUGGGCGGAACGCAUGUGUCAGAACGGGAACCUCGAACCGUGUUCGGCUUUUAGAAAUGGUGGAUUUACUGACAUCGGAAGGCCUUCUGCUCUGGAGUUGGUUCUUCGCAAUAUGAAAACCGAAUCGUGUCACAAAGCGUGGACCUUCCAGUAGAAUUUUUCAAGAUCAGUAGACAUAUAUCAACAGCUGUAUUUUUUUCUUGAAAUCUUCUGUGCAGCUUCUGAAGUUUCAGUCACAAUGAGUUCAGGGUUAUGGAGUCAAGAAAAAGGAAGUUCAUCCUAUUGGGAAGAGCGCAUCUUUUACUUGCUUCUCCAAGAAUGCAGUGUCGUAGACAAGCAGACUCAGAAGCUGUUGAAGGUGCCCAAGGGUAGCAUCGGGCAGUUUUUUCAAGACCGUUCUUCCAUGGGCCACUCCAGAAAUAUUCCUUGUAAAGGCAAGAAACUACAGAUUGGAUUAAAAAUUCUGGAACAACCUCAUGCAAUUCUUUUUGUGGAUGAGAAGGAUGUUAUCGAAAUAAAUGAAAAGCUAGCUGAACUGCUUUUGGCAAUUACUAACUGUGAGGAAAGGUACAGCUUGUUUAAAAGCAAAAGCAGAUUAACUAAAGGCAUCCAAAUAGAUAUUGGCUCACCUGUUAGAGUACAGCUUAGGUCAGGAGAAGAGAAGUUUCCUGGAGUUGUUCGUUUCAGAGGACCCUUGUUGCAGGAAAGGUCCCUAACAGGGAUAUAUUUUGGAGUAGAACUACUGGAAGAAGGUCGUGGCCAGGGCUUUACUGAUGGACAGUACCAAGGCAAGCAGCUUUUCAGAUGUGAUGAGGAUUGUGGGGUUUUUGUUGCUUUGGACAAACUGGAGCUGGUGGAAGAAGAUGACAAUGAACUGGAAAGUGACUAUGCAGCUCCAGUUGACACAAUGCAGGUAGAACUUCCUCCUCUGGAGAUCAACUCCAGGGUUUCUCUGAAGAUAGGAGAGAGUAUAGAGUAUGGGACAGUUAUAUUCUGUGAUGUCUUACCAGGAAACGAAAGUUUAGGAUACGUUGUUGGAGUGGACAUGGUAAGAGAAUAAUCCGACUUUAAUAACUUUUGCAUGUGUGUUAGCUAGUAAAUUACAUGCAAUAUAAAAGAAGAAACAUUAUCCACAAGCUGCUUCAGUGGAGGCUGACCUAAAAUGGGAAUUAAACAGUAGUGUUCAAAAAUGUCCCUUGGUAGCAACUGUUUUUUGUCAGUAGGUAAAUAGAACCCUAUUUGAUGUUAAAUGCUUCAGGACAAAUAUUCUGGUUAUGCUGAGGAGCCUCCACUGAGCCACUUGCAGUGUUCGAUGUCAGUCCUCAAGUAACAGCAUUGAAUGUUUGUCUUGUGAGACUGGCUUUGUUCUGCCUUUGAAAAAAUAAUUAGGUUGCAUU